GGCAAGCGAUCUACAAAGUUGACAACAUGCAACUGUUGGUGUUGUUUGCAUUCUGCUGCCUGGCUGUCGCCUUGGAGGCAACACAAAAACCGGAGGCAACUUUUUUGCCACGCUACACGCUGCUGUCCGAGAGCAAGAAGGAUGAACAGCAACUGGAUAGACAACCGAACAUCGAACAGCAACCUUGGCGGCGUCUUUCGUACUCCAACUACGGCAACAAUUGGCCAGCAGCUGCGCCAGCUGCCUCGCUUGCUGCCCUCCUCGGUCCCGGACUCUUACUGCUGGGCGUUAAUUUGGGAGCUCUGCUUUAUAUGCUGCUGGGCUUGCUGGGAUUGGCGCCUACACAACGCUUGGGCGCUUGGCAAGCAGGCGAGUUUUAUCGCAAUGAUAGACGUGAACAGUUGGGAGCUGGCAAGGAAGCGGAUAUGUAUUUGUUAAACUAAAGCGUUACGCUAGGGUUACGUUAUUUAGCUUACAGAAUAUAUAUAUAUUUUUUGGGUUAAUUACAACUAAAAAUCAAUCAAUUCAAAUCGAAAUCAAAUUAGUAAGUUAACUUGUUUAAAUCAUAGAAAAUGUGAAGACGUAAAAUUAUUUUUUAAUACGAAAAGAGGCGGCUCGAUUUAUUUUAACCACCGGCGCGUCCUUGCCGCCCGUAUUUAUUGUUCCCACCAGUCGGGAAAUGGGUUUUCGCAUCAUCGCCGUGCCGCCGGCGAGAGCUGUUCGCAAAAAAGAGACAAAAAAGAAAUAGAACGAAAUUUCAAUUAAUAUAAUUUGCAAAUAAUAAACCCAACUUUUAUCUAUGCCUAAUAAAAAAAAAAAACAAAACAAAA